AUGUGCAAGAUCAUUGGUCUCCAAAUUCCCAAUGUGAUUCGGAAUACAGCCCACUACAUACCUCACAAUCGCUCCACCCAUCCGGCCACUAUAACCGACAAUAACUCUAUCUUGCAAUACGAUCCCGAAGAACUUCCCCUUCGCACACACGCGGAAAUCGUCAAUCAAGGCCGUGAAGUGGAGUCAGCUGCAUCAAUGGCAGAGUCCGACCGACUCGCAAAGAAGUAUGGCGUGAAGGGGGUCCCACUACUGUCUUACCUCGGCUCGAUCUCGUUCCCACAGUCCUUCCCCUUCGACUUCAUGCAUCUCAUUUGGGAAAAUCUGGUCAAAAAUCUUGUGCUGUUAUGGACGGGGAGCUUCAAGGGACUUGAUGCAGGGUCAGGCAAAUAUGAGCUCGGCGAGGCAGUGUGGGCCGCUAUCGGAAAGCGUACCACAAAUGCAGGUUCCACGAUACCCUCUGCAUAUGGAAGCCGAGUUCCGGAUAUCACUGACAAUCGUGGCCUUAUAUUUGCAGAGAUGUGA